AUGGAAGAAAAUGUCAAUAACGAUGAGUUUUAUAUUCCUCAAGUUACAGAAGAGAGAAUACCAAAAGCGGGAAUGAAAUUUUUAUCAGUAGAGGCGGCAUUUUCAUUCUACAACCAAUAUGCACGAGAAGCGGGCUUUAGUGCUAGAAUAAGCAAUAGCAAGAAGAAUAAGGUGACAAAUGAAAUCUUUUGGAAACAAAUUGUUUGCUUCAAUAAGAAGGUCAUACAGAUCAGUCGUGUUCUAAUAAACGGGAGUCCUUCAAAAGUGCAUUUGCUACGCUCCCAUCGCAGUGUUUCGAUUGCAAAGAGAGCAUUGACUCAACAGUUUUCAAAAGCCAAUGUACCAACUUGUCAACAAAUGCGAUUAUUAGAGAUAGAGUAUGGUGGACCUGGACAUGUAGGGUGCACAGAAAGGGAUAUUAGAAACAUUGAGCAAGAGUUACGAGAUGAACAAAAGGGAGUUGAUGCCGAAACUUUGAUUGAGUUUUUUGCCUCUGAAAAAGAUAAGAAUCCUACUUUUUUCUUUGACUACGAGACCGAUUCAAAUAAGAUGUUUAGGAGGUGCUUUUGGGCAGAUCCUAAAUCAAUGAGUGAUGAGAAGACGGAAUCUUUCAUUUGGUUGCUUAAGAAGUGGAUGGAAGCUAUGCCAACAGGUGCUCCAAAAGUAAUAAUCACUGAUCAAGAUCCUGCUAUGACAAAAGCAAUUGCACAAGUUUUGCCGUUUACUGUUCAUCGAUAUUGCUUGUGGCACAUCUUGACCAAAUUCCCAGACAAAGUUUCUCCAGUUACAUUACGAGAUCAUUAUCAAAACAUAAAGAAGGUUAUAAUGAAUUCUACCUCUCCUGAUGAAUUCGAGCAAUCUUGGAAAUAUGUGAUCAAGUGUGCUAAUUUGGAGCUUAAUGAUUGGAUAUCAUUGAUAUUGGUGGAGUGUAGAGGCAUGUGUCACGCGCUUAGAUCGUGGAGUUCAAGUUCAGUACCAACUCCUUUAAGCGGCAUAAGUAGACAAAGUAUAGAUAAUAAGGAGCACAAAAGCAGGGCCUCUGAAGAGGAAUAUUCGACGUCGCGCUUCGUUGCUGCGGGUGAAGGUGAUGAGUAA